AUGUCGACCAAACAGUCCAUCGUGGUGCCAGUCACCAAGCCAAUCCCAGCAGAAGGCGUCCCCUUCUUCACGCCCGCCCAGGAACCCGUCUCAGGAACCGCAGUCAAUCCCCAGCCCGACGGAACCACGCCCAUCCCCAAACUGUUCACCCCUCUCCAGAUCCGCGGCGUGACCUUCCAGAACCGCAUCUUCCUCGCCCCGCUGUGCCAGUACUCAUGUCUGGACGGCUUCCAGCAGCCCUGGAACACCGCCGCUCACCUCGGCGGCAUCAUCUCGCGCGGGCCGGGCCUGUCCAUCAUCGAGGCCACCGCCGUGCAGGCCAGGGGCCGCAUCUCCCCUGAGGACUCGGGCAUCUGGCUCGACGCACACAUCGCAGGCCUGACCCAGCUUGUGCAGUUUGCCCACUCCCAGGGCCAAAAGAUUGCCAUCCAGCUCGCCCACGCAGGCCGCAAGGCGAGCACCGCCGCGCCCUGGCUCAGCACCGGCGAGGUCGUCGGCAAGGAGGUCGGAGGCUGGCCCGACGACUGCAUAGCGCCCUCUGCGAUCCCGUUCAACGACAAAUUUGCUCACCCCCGCGAGAUGACCCUGCAGGACAUCGAGCAGGUCACGGCGGACUUUGUGCGUGCGGCACAGCGCGCCGUCAAGGCUGGGUUCGACGUGAUCGAGAUCCACGCCGCCCACGGCUACCUGCUGCACCAGUUCAUGACGCCCGUGUCCAACAAGCGCACCGAUGCGUACGGCGGCAGUUUUGAGAACAGGACGCGGCUGGCCCUCGAGGUGGUCGAGGGCGUCCGUGCCGCGAUUCCAGAGGACAUGCCUCUCUUUAUGCGCAUCAGUGCCACCGACUGGCUGGAGGAGGACCCCCAGAUCCAGGAGAGCUGGACCGUCAGUGACAGCGUGAGGCUUGCACAUCUGGUGGCCGAGCGCGGCGUCGACCUGCUCGAUGUGUCUUCCGGUGGUGCGUACUCUGGAGCGCAGAUCAGGUCGCCCGUGGGAUCCUCUGCCUACCAGGCGCCGCUGUCCAAGGAGAUCAAGAAGGCUGUGGGCGACAAGCUGCACGUCUCUGCGGUGGGCGCCAUCAAGGAGGGCAAUCAGGCCGAGGAGAUCCUGACCAGUGACACGCCCAUCGAUGUGGUCAUGGCCGGCAGGACGUUUCAGAGGAACCCUGGACUGGUCUGGCAGUGGGCUGAUGAGCUUGGCAUCUCGAUUCACCUGGCUUCCCAGAUUGGCUGGGGUUGGAAGGGGAGGGCAUCAAGACCCCCGCAGAAGUGA